UUCUACUCUCCACUCAAAUCCCGUAAAUUAGAUUAGUUUAGAAUAUUGCUCUUAAAAAUCUCGGAUCCCAAUUCCAUUUGGCGUUCAAAGGGAGGAACUUUGUAAUCAAAAUCACAUAAAGUCGUAAAAUUUAUCAUCUGGGAUUCGAUGGUUUCCGAAGGAGUGGAAGAAUCGGGAGGCACGGAGGUGCCCCAGUCGAAAUUCAGGUACAACUCGCCGUUUGUCCAAGUGAGUUUGAUCGGAUUGGUCUGUUUCUGCUGCCCUGGCAUGUUCAACGCCCUCUCUGGCAUGGGCGGCGGAGGCCAGGUCGAUCCGACUGCCUCCAACAACGCCUCCACCGCCCUCUAUACCACCUUCGCCGUCUUCGGCAUCCUCGGUGGCGGCAUCUACAAUAUCCUCGGCCCCCGCCUCACUCUCCUCUCCGCCUGCUCCACCUACGUCCUCUACGCCGGCUCUUUCCUCUACUACAACCACCACAAGCACCAGGCUUUCGCUAUUGUCGCCGGAGCAAUCCUCGGAAUCGGCGCCGGCCUCCUCUGGGCCGGCCAAGGCGCCAUCAUGACGUCAUACCCUCCCCCGAACCGAAAGGGGACAUACAUCUCGAUUUUCUGGAGCAUUUUCAACAUGGGUGGCGUCAUCGGUGGACUAAUUCCCUUCAUCCUUAAUUACCACCGGAGCGAAGCGGCUUCCGUCAACGACGCAACUUACAUUGGGUUCAUGAUUUUCAUGUCCAUUGGGACUCUUUUAUCCCUCGGUAUCCUGCCCCCCAGCAAAGUUGUCCGGGACGACGGGACUAAAUGUACGGACAUUCAGUACUCAAAUGUUACGACUGAGGCCAUUGAGAUUGCCAAGCUGUUUACAAAUUGGCAAAUGCUUCUUAUAAUCCCGGCUGCUUGGUCGAGCAAUUUUUUCUACACCUACCAGUUCAACAACGUCAAUCAAAUUAUGUUUAAUCUGAGGACUAGAGGAUUGAACAAUGUGUUCUACUGGGGAGCGCAAAUGUUGGGGUCCGUCGGGAUUGGAUACGUUAUGGAUUUCAGCUUCAAGAGCAGGAGGAUGAGGGGUUUCGCGGGCAUUUCAGUGGUUGGUGUUCUCGGGACUACAAUUUGGAUUGGCGGAUUUGUCAACCAGCUCAACUACUCUCGCAGUGAUUUGCCUGAGAAGUUGGAUUUUAAGGACUCCGGCUCUGCUUUCGCAGGACCCUUCGUGUUGUAUUUUAGUUUUGGGCUGCUUGAUGCCAUGUUCCAGAGCAUGGUUUACUGGGUCAUUGGAGCCUUGGCUGAUAACUCUGAAAUUCUAAGCAGGUAUGUUGGAUUCUACAAGGGAAUACAGAGUGCAGGGGCAGCAGUUGCUUGGCAAGUCGACACGCGCAAGGCAUCCUUCCUCUCCCAAUUGGUUACCAAUUUCGCGCUCAACACCGUGAGUUAUCCGCUGCUCGUGGUUCUGAUCUUGCUGGCCGUGAAGGAUGAAGGUAAGGCUGAUGUGGAGGAAUUUACCAAGGAGAAGGUUGCUGAGACUGUAGCCUCAGAGAAGUGAUCAUGAUGAUUUAAUUAGCAGAUCAAAUUAGUCAUAAGCCAUCCGAAUAUUUGUUUUAAUUACACGUUCAUACAAUCGACUCUUCACAAAUUAGUGUAUCAUGUUCAAAUUGUCAAGUAUUUUACUGAGUUAUCAAAGUUUAUGAUUUGAAAAAAUGUUGGAAUGAUUCGUUCCUGAGCACAGGUGUCACAUCCUGGCCCGGGGCGGAUCACUUCCUAGGCCCACUCCACCACUAUAGCACGAUAUUGUCCGCUUUGGGCCCCGACUA